GAAGCGCGAGUGCGCAGGCGCGGCCGAGGGGCGGGGGGAGUCGGGCGGCGAGCGGAAUCUCAGCCAUCCUCAGUUGCUGCUGCAUCCUCCGCCUGUCGCCAUGGCUGCUUACAAGCUGGUGCUGAUCCGGCAUGGCGAGAGCGCGUGGAACCUGGAGAACCGCUUCAGCGGCUGGUACGACGCCGACCUGAGCCCGGCAGGCCACGAGGAGGCGAAGCGCGGCGGGCAGGCGUUGCGAGAUGCUGGCUAUGAGUUUGACAUCUGCUUCACCUCUGUGCAGAAGAGAGCCAUACGGACCCUCUGGACCGUCCUGGAUGCCAUUGACCAGAUGUGGCUGCCAGUGGUCAGGACCUGGCGCCUCAAUGAGAGACACUACGGGGGUCUGACUGGUCUCAAUAAAGCAGAAACUGCUGCUAAGCAUGGUGAGGCGCAGGUAAAGAUCUGGCGGCGAUCUUACGAUGUCCCGCCACCUCCGAUGGAGCCUGAUCACCCCUUCUACAGCAACAUCAGUAAGGAUCGCAGGUACGCGGACCUUACUGAGGACCAGCUGCCCUCCUGUGAGAGCCUGAAGGACACAAUUGCCAGAGCACUGCCCUUCUGGAAUGAAGAAAUUGUGCCCCAGAUCAAGGAAGGCAAAAGGGUCUUGAUUGCCGCCCAUGGCAACAGCCUUCGGGGCAUUGUCAAGCAUCUGGAAGGUCUCUCAGAAGAGGCCAUCAUGGAGCUGAACCUGCCAACUGGCAUUCCCAUCGUCUAUGAACUGGACAAGAACUUGAAGCCCAUCAAGCCCAUGCAGUUCCUGGGAGAUGAGGAGACCGUUCGCAAAGCCAUGGAAGCUGUGGCUGCUCAGGGCAAGGUCAAGAAGUGAGGGCGAGGAAGCAGACUCCUACCCCGACAACACCCUCCCUGCCUGUUCCUGCCUCCCGCACCCUUCCCCAACCCGUCACACUGACUCAUCGUUAGGCUCUUAGCUGCAGAUGGGGACCCGUGGCUCCCAUUCUAAUUUUAGUAUUUAUCCCCUGCACCCACUCCCUUCAUAGGAUCUAGUCAGAAUAACACCUCUGGGGGUGCAGGUUCUUGGUCCACAUCCAGGGAUGGCUGCUCUUGCCAGGAGAGUUGAGAGGUAGUAAUUAUAGUCCUUUGUUUACUAAGGGUCUGCUAAGGAAGAGGUUGGGGGGACCAUGCUGUGGUGUGACCCACGAGAAGCUGUGGCCUAGUUUUGUCCCUGGAACCUGUCCUGCACUCUUCCGCAGUUAGGUGACUGGGGGCUAUAGUCAGUCAUUCCAGUGGAGGGUGAUUUAAAAGAUACUACUUCCUCUCUGGCCCUAAAGGAACUGCUAGCCCCAGAAGGUUGGGAUCAAUUUUGUCAAGUCUAUGUGUUACAUUUACUUUUACAAAAAAAAAAAAGAGGUACAUACAUAUGUACAUAUAUAUAUAUGUAUCAGCACACAGAAGCCCCUCUGAGGUUUCUAGUGGUGGUUGAAACAGUCACUAAAAAAUAAGCAGCCAUUCCUCAUGUCAAAUGGGGUAACUUUGUCAAGGGGCAGGAGUACCCUUGCUGUGUUUGGAUCCCGUUGACUUGUUUGUAGAGGUGAAGGGCCCCUUGAUCAUGUCCAAGUUUUCAUCUUUGACUAUCUGAAUCAUGUUCCAGCUGCUUGACCCUACCAUGUGGGUUGAGAACUAAAUCUCUUUCCAGAUCAGUAUAAUAAAGGAGUGAUGUGCAAUA